AUGGACCAUCCUCCCAAAGAUAAGCACGUGGGCUUCGAUGAAGACUUCGACUUCGGAAGCCAGCCCGUCUCGUGUUCUUCCUCGUCCAUUGGAAGCAGCUUCUCCACCACUGCGUCCACCGCCUCUUCAUAUACCACCAACGGACCCUUCACACCGACUUCUGCAUCGCGCUGCUCAACACCACAGCAAGUCCUUCCCUUUGACCACGUCACCUGCCAGUCAUCCACGGGCUAUGAAAUACACCCCGCAUUCCAAAGAUCUGACGGACUUGCUUCAGCCUAUAUCAAACCAGAAGCGCGCGACAGUCUCACAGGAAUACCUGACAAGAGGAAUACACUGCCCAUCAUGGAAUACAACUAUGACAGCGUCCUGUCAUCCACUUUGACGCCUCAAGGCCUGGAGACGAACGGGAUGGACUCUUACCCAUACUCAAACCCGAUGACCAACCCGCCGUUCCACCUGCCCACACCUUCAUACACAACAGACACCACAUUCGACAACUCUGUCUGGCACUGCCAAGAUGACACCCAUAUGAUGUUCUUUGAGAGAUAUGACCCCCAGGUCAUGAAACCCUCACCAGUACAGAACAUGGCCAUGCGGGACAGGAAUUACGUUCCCCAAUCCUACCUGGCUAGCAACGGUAGGCGGCGGCUCUCAAUAGAACACGCACAGCAGAGAACGGGAGCACUCAACCGCGCACAAUCCCGACUCACCAACCGUCCUCACAGUUUUAAACGUGAAAGCUACCACAACAAGCUGGCCUCUGGAGUGCAGAAAAUCCCGGCCGGUACAUUUAAGUGCACUCUGCCGAACUGCACGGCAAGGCGGGCGUUCAAGCGCUCAGAGCACCUCAAGAGACACAUAACCACCGCUAUCUGCCAUAACCCUGACAUAGACUCGGUAUCGGAAGUGUGCAUCUUCUGCAGCAAGAAAUUCAACCGGCGCGACAACUGGCGCCAACACCUCAAGCUGCACACGAUGAAGGGCCGGUCCAUCUCGCGCACUGACUUUCACCCGAAAGCACAGGAGCUCUAUGACGAGGAGAUGAGGAAGACGAAACAUCGCAGCCAGUUCAAGAAGGGGGCCGCCGCGGCGGAGCUCAAGGAGUAG